AUGGAUGAGCUUCUCAAGCAGUUCGAGAGCGGCUGCUUCGACGACCAGGUCGCCAUCCAACGAAGGCGCUUGGCCUGGAAACACCGGCCAGAGCGAAUCGUGCUUCUUCGCCAUGGGCAGAGCGAGGGCAAUGUGGACAAGAUGCUCUAUACGAGCAAGGGAGACAGCAGACUUGAGCUGACCAGGGAGGGCAUCUGCCAGGCCAAAGAAGCAGGUUCCCGACUGAAGCAGAUAGCGCCCAAGAGCCGCAACAUCAUCGUUUGCACUUCGCCUUUCGAACGGGCCAUGCAAACGCUGCUGGGGCUUUAUGAAGGUGGCUUCCCACGGGACCGGGUGCGUAUCCACAUCGACCCACAGAUCCGGGAGCAGGAGUUUGGCAACUUCCAACCACCGGGGCUUACCGGAAUGGUGCGUGCCGAGGAGGACCUCGUGGGCAGGACCUACUAUCGGCGCCCCAAUGCGGAAAGCUCGGCCGAUGUCUUUGACCGAGUGAAGCAGUUCUGGGACAAGCUCUUCGGAGAAAAUGGCAACGGCCUUUUAGCCGGCGACAGCCGUACAUACGACAUGUGCUUGGUGGUAACGCACGGGCUUACAAUCCGACUGAUGCUCAUGUGCCUCUUCAACUGGUCCGUCGCAACCUUCGAAUCUGUUUGGAAUCUCAGCUACUGUGAGCAUGUGACGCUGAAGAAGAACAGCGAGCAGUGCAGGUAUGAGUUCUGCACGGAGGAAUCUUUUCCGGCCCGCCUGCCCUGGGCCACGCGAAAGGUGUGGGUGGUUUUGAAGAACACGCCGGCACCCAAGCGAAUGAUCUGGAAGCUGGAGAAGAUCCGGGAAGCUCGUAGGAUUCUCGGCGGUGCUCUGGAUGCUGGGGACCCCGAUGAGCACGAGGGGCACGAAGAGUUCGAUGCCGAUGCCAAGGACGAUGCCAUGCUGGAUCGCUUUGACAAGUUCUUGGACGCCCAGCAGAACAAGAUCCUCAGAGCCAGGUCUCUUCCCUUCACGGUGAUCAACUACUUGGAGAUACCUCAGCCGCGGACGAUGCACAUCGAAGCUGUCCUGUCGAGGUUGGUCCCCGGCCACAACCACAGCGACAGCGGCACCGUGCCCCUGAAGAGGGCAAAGCUGGAAGAGCUGGCGGCGAAAGGGCCUGCGCUCACCAAGGAGCAGGUGGAGUUCAUCGACUGGUGGGGGAGCAAGCUCAGCUACGAGGGGAAGAUGUUGCGUUGCAACCGCAGUGGCACAAUUCAUCAGGAUGACGAUCCGAGAAGAGGAGCUAGCAAGCUGUGA